CAAUAAGCAGAAAUCAUGAGUAAAAAUAAAAGCAAUAGCAUGUGGAAGCUUGAUUUGCUAGAGGCAAAGUUCCAUGGUACUCAAGCAAGAUUUCCUCGUACAAAGACUCUUUUGACGGCGAGAAAUACUUCCAAGUUAUGGAAAAGAUUACCAACUUCAGAAGAAGAAGCUAAUAAAGAGAUAAAAGCAUUGAAAAAAGAAUACUUUGAUAAGAAGUAUUACGGAUCUCAUAAAAAAUUGGCUCGUGAAGUUAACAAGAAAGACAUUAUAAUUUUUAUAACUUCUCUGGAAGAGUUAGAAAACUUGAUCACUUCAAAGUUGAUAAAAUGUAUCACUUCUUCUAUACUCGUUAACAAAGAGCUUAAAGAGAACAUUCCUUAUUAUAUAUCAAAAGAUAUCCAAACUAUCAUCAAAGAUAAGACCCACAAGUCAAACCCAUCUCGUUUCUUUAUAAACCAUUGUCAGAAUAAUAAAGAACUUAAUAACUACAUUUCUAAACUAUGGAACUCUAAGACCAUCAAAAAGGCCUUGGAGGAAAUUGAUUGGUCUUUCAAAUUGGUAAGGGGUAAUAUUUCCAAGCAAGAGAAAGACUCUAGAAAAAGAUUGUCCGGUAAAGAUAUUCAAGAUGACCAUAGUGAUGCUGAUGCUGAUAGUGGUGAGAGUGAUGAUGAGAGUGAUGAGGAAUCCAGUUUGAAGGAUUUAGAAGAAAAUUAUGAUAAAUUUGCGGUUUACGAUAAUUUAGUUGGAGAUUCCGAUAAUGAAGAAAAAAUGGACCUCGAUCCUAACGUUAAUUACAACGAAGUUACCGAUGAGGAAGCCUCUGAGCUGGAAAAUGAUGAAGUUGAGGAAGGUAAUGACAGUGAUGCGUCCCAUGAUAGCUUUUUUGCUGAAGAAAAGAAACCAAAGGAAAAAUACCAAUUACCAGAACUAGCAACGGGUUAUUUUUCUGGUGGUUCUGAUGAUGAAGACGACAUUGAUAAUGACCAAGUUGUUAAAGCCGCUACCACGCAACGUAAAAACAGAAGAGGUCAAAGAGCCAGACAGAAAAUAUGGGAAAAGAAAUAUGGUCAAGAGGCUAAACACGUCAAGUCGGAAAAAGCUAAAAUAGCCAGUGAAAGAGAACAAAGGCAAUUGGAGUAUGAAGAAAGAUGUAGAAAAAGAGAAGAAAAGGCAAGAUUGGCCAUGGAAAAUGCUCCUACUGGUUCAAAUACUGCACCACUUGGUAAUAGAAAACCUCGUCCUGAUGUUUCAUUACCUUCAGCAACUGCCGCUUCCGAACCUGAAAAAAUGCAUCCUUCUUGGGAAGCUAAAAGGCUUGCUGAAGAAAAGCAAAAGAACAUUAAAUUUCAAGGUAAGAAGAUCACUUUUGAUUAAAUUACAGACCAUAAAGAAAUUUUGCAUUUAUAUUAAACUUGUAUCAUAUAUUUAUAAUUUACAAUAAACUAUAAUCG